AUGUCAGACUUUAGAAAGAGUUGUAUGGAUGGAACGUUCUCGUUCCGCUCGACACUCACUCAUGCCAACGGAACCAACGGUGUCGUGGCGUAUCGUCGUCCUACAGCACACUCUGCGGUGGGAUCACCCGAGUACAUGGCACCAGAGAUUGUCGCCGACGAAGGAUACAACCACACCUGCGACUACUGGUCACUUGGCUGUGUCUUCAUGGAGAUGCUCUGUGGAUUCAAUCCGUUCUGCGCCGACACACCCAACGAUGUAUUUAUAAAUAUCAUACAGUGGCGAGAGGUUUUAGAUUGGCCUCUUUUCACACAAGAAAUAUCACCUGAAGCUUCUGAUAUUCUAAAAAGAAUGUUAUGUGAACCUUCAAAUAGAAUUAAAAGUUUAGAGGAAUUCAAGUCACAUCCAUUUUUUAAUAGGAAUGGAAUGACUUGGGAAUCUAUUUUGGAGCAGAAACCACCAUUUAUUCCAAAGGUAGAGAGUGAUAUAGAUACUUCAUACUUUGAAGACGCUGUAAAUAAUGAUCCGUCUUCUUGGGAUGUCUCUGCACCAGAGCCAGACAAUGAGCGAAGAGAUCCAUUUUCAAAUUUAAACAUCCCAUUUUUUACCUACAGAAAAUCAUCUGCACUCAACAUUAUAGAAAAUAGUUUAAACUAUUAG